UCAGACGGCACUUCCGGCGGGUCAAGAUGGCUGCGACCAUUCAAGACUCACGUGUGAGCGCGGGGAAAAAGCUGAAGCGUUCCUUGAAGAAGAAGCGAAAGAUGAAGCUGGUAGCCAAGGCUGAAAUCUCGAAUCUGGAAGAUGAGCUCAAAGACUCUUCUGACGGGGAAGGUUCAGUAGAAAGCUGUGACGCAGAAAUGGGCCAGUCCUCAGAUGAUGGCGCUGCAGAAGCCGACAGCGAGGACAAUGUGGAGUCCUGUGAGGAGGAAAAUGAAGAUGCUGCAGAGCCAAGUGCUGGGACUAAUUCUGGCUGGGCAGAUGCCAUGGCCAAAAUCCUUAACAAAAAGACUCCUAAAAGUAAACCCACCAUCCUCACCAAAAACAAAGAGCUGGAGAAGGAGAAGGAGAAGCUAAAGCAGGAGAGGUUGGAGAAAAGGAAGCAGCUUGAUAAGAAGCGGGAGUGGGAGAUGCUGUGCAGAGUGAAGCCAGAUGUUGUCCAAGACAAAGAGACAGAGAGGAACCUUCAGAGGAUUGCAACGAGGGGUGUGGUGCAGUUAUUCAAUGCUGUUCAGAAACACCAAAAGAAUGUUGGUGAAAAGGUUAAGGAAGCAGGAGGCUCCAUCAGGAAGCAAGCUAAGUUGAUGUCAACUGUUUCCAAGAAGGAUUUCAUCAGUGUUCUUCGAGGAAUGGAUGGUACAAAUGAGAACAGUUCUGCUGGGAAGAACCCCAAAGCCAGACAGACUGAAGCGAAAUCAGAAGAGGGCCCAGGGUGGAAGAUUCUGCGAGAUGAUUUCAUGAUGGGAGCCAGUAUGAAGGACUGGGACAAAGAGAGCGAUGAACCUGCUGGCGGCAGGGCAGGAACCCUUGACUGAGCAGACUGGGAGCCUCCAACUCUACUCCAAAGACGCGGCCUCUGACUGUUGGGAGCCAGGAGGCCGUUAUGAAGUACCCAGAUUCCUGAGAACCCCUGCUUCAGUGCCUCCUGAGGUGCAAACUACUAAAAUUGUGUUGGUACUACUUACGUAACUUUGAGGAUUUUCCAAAGUAUUUGUACAAAGUCAUCUUCUGCUUUUCUGAGCAGUGAUGUGCGCUUCUCCAGGACCCUCCACGUGAACACGCACUGAUCACGCACCAGGGUUUCCAAAGUACAGUCCUACCUGUGAUUAAAGUGAGGUUGAUGUCAGA